ACGAGUUGCAGUGUAUGAAGGCGGCAGGAACAGAGGUGUGUGCUGUGACAGAAAUUUGUAGUUGGACAAUAAUUAGGAAGAAAACAAUGCCUCAGAUAAAAAGUAUGACUACUCUCAGUGAAUGAAAAAUCUAACCUGCUGGGUAGAAUACAGCUGGUCAACAUAUUCAAUAUAUUUUAUGGACUCUGAAGGUCCAUUACAGUGUUCAUAGAAACCCGCCAUUUGGAUUAAUGUAGUCCACGUCUUCAAAACGUAUUUGUUUCUUAAUAUUAUCCUUCCAUCUGUGUUUAGGUCUUCCGAGUGGUGUCUUCCCCUCAAGAAACAGCUAGUUACUUGAGGCUAGAGAGUUGUUAGCACUUCACAGAAUCCCAUACUUGCAGACCUCAGGUAUUUAGAUGAGAGUCUGUCUGACCACACAUUCCUGAAGCUUCAUCAUCUGCCUUGCCCAGGGGUUACGGUAGGGAUUUCUACUGGAGCUGUCUGUUGUUUCCCAGAAAUUUGCGUCAGCUUUCCAUUACAUCCGCCUCGAGAGGGAUUCGAACCAACGAUCUGGAAGCUGGAGUGAACAUAGGCGGUGGCUGAAAUUGACGGGACUUUUAGCCCAGCACAAGUGUGGAAUUGGGAAGGAAGAGUGAAGUUGAACAGACCACGUGACAUACACAGACUUGAGGGUGGGGGGGGAGAAGGGAAUGAAUGGAAUAUGUUCACCAUGGUAGGACAUUUGAAGUAUAUAUUUUCGUUGCAGAAAUACCUGCAUACACUUGCAAUAUUGAGGCCUGUAUUACACAGUGGAGGUACAAGAAUAUGUAAAAGUAAGCACAGAAUUGCGAGUCUGUUUCCAGCCUUGAGAAUAAAUUCAUUGUCAAGCCAAACACACUCAUUUUCGCCUGAAUAUCCAACGAGCGAUGCCUGUGAUCCACAUAAGUCUCAACACAAGACAGACAGUGAUAGUGAUGAUGAGAAUACUUUCCAUGAUGAACAAGAUGAGGAUAUUCUUGUUUCAGUUAUCACAAAAGGAGAACGACUUUCAUCCUCUGAAUGGCAAGCCAUUACAGAUCAGGUUUGUGCAAAAAGCAGGAUUAUAAAUUGUUACAACAUAGAUGCUGUAGUAAUAGAGAUCUGUGGAAGAUUAACACAAUUGGAAAUGGGUUUGUCAUACAUAGAACAUCUGAGCGUUUCUGGCAGGAAACUCAAUAUUGCAACCAUAGCACAGGUCAUGAAGAUGUGUUAUUUAUGUAGAGCAAAGGGCAUCGAUGAACAGCUUGUGUUGUCCAUGUAUGAAGAUCUUCGCUCCAGAUGUCCAGUGCUUGAUGCGUACACAGCAGAAAAUGCAAUUGUAGGCCUGUGUUUAACAAAACAUUGGAAGUUGGGUCUGGAUCUUCUUGAUAUGACUAAAUUAACAUGUACUCCUGGUGGAUUUGCAUACAAUGCUUUGGUUAAGACAGCUUAUGAUAACGGUGAACUGAACAUAGGUCAGCAGCUUGUGAAUGAAUUGUUAAAGCUGGGGCGGCACAUAAAACCAGAGGUGUUUCACGCUCAACUGGAUUAUUAUGACAGAACAUCUGCAAAUCACAAACUGCAGAGGUGGAAACUUGUAGAAGGGUUCCUCCGGGUGUUUGUUGAAAAUGACUUAAAGCCAACAGUGGACAUUGCAGAACGGAUAAGGGCAUGGUAUUUGGAGGCCAUGGGUCCUAAUACAGAGGUACACGCUGAGUUUACAACACUGACAGCCAGGGGCAUCUGUAAAUCUUGCCAGAAGAACUUAAAUCCCAUCAAUGUAACAAAUGAAGAAUUCAGAGCAUUGCAGUCUGCUUUCAUGGACAGGGUCGUGGUCGGCGGCGACGUAUUCCGUAAGACUACGCCUGAGGAAAUAAACGAAUUUAAAAACUUUGUGAAAAACACUGCUCCGUAUGACAUGGUAAUCGAUGGAUUAAAUAUUGCGUUCACGGGUGGUCCUAAGAAGGCCCAGUCACCCCAGUCCCAUGCACGAACAUUACAUCACGUUGUAAAGUAUUUUGUGAAUAAAUCAAAGAAAGUCCUCGUUCUCGGACGGAAGCACAUGCAGUCCUGGCCGCCACGCUACAUGGAUUACAUAUAUAGAAAUUCUCAUGUGUUCCUGGCUCAGAAUCUGUCUCAGGAUGACCCGUUGUUGCUCUAUGCUGCCCUGUAUAGUGGCUUAGGGACGAAGUUCCUCUCUAAGGAUCUCAUGCGAGGUCAUGCGUACUGUCUGCGGAGUCAAAGUCUUAGAUCGACGUUUAGACGGUGGCAACUGAAACAUCAGUGUCAGCUCAGAUAUAUUUCUGAAGCCGGGAAAGUGCACCUGAAGUUCCCUUUGACGUUCAGUCCGAUGGCUCAAGUUAGCAGUGACGGAUCGUGGCACAUUCCUUAUGAAACUGAGUUUAACCCAAACCCAGCUCAGUCAUUUGACGCACCUUCCACGUGGCUUUGUCUCCAAGCAGAUAAAUCCAAACUCACUUUGGAUCAGGUGUGACAUGACGUAAUCCCACUUUCAAGAUGGAGUCACAAAUGUACAGCCGAGGUUAAUUCAUGCCGUGCCUAUUAGUCACAAUCGGCUAACGAACAUGCAGAGUGGAGGGUUUGUACGCAGAAUCGGGGGUACCUGCGCUUGCCACACGUCGACAGCUGUGCAGUUACGCUUCUGAAUUGAGUAUCCUGAAGAAGUACCCCUCCUGUGGAGAAGUACACCAGCAGCUUCUCCGAUGAAGAUUUAAGCACAAUCAAAGGACAAGCCGUCCGGCAGGUACAUUCAAGGAACUUCUAGAUACACUUUUUAUCCCCCACCCCCCAUUGACCCUUUCAGAACCCUACACCACCGUUGUUGAUAGACACUCCGUGGAACGUGGCGUGGAUGAAAACAAUUACGAAAAACUUUUUAAAAAAACUGAUGGAUGUGUGGAUGACGUAUCCUCUGCACUCCCAUCAGUUUUUGGCCUAAAGCUCAACAGGAAUAUUUGUUAAUUUUAAUACAUUUCACCGAUGGAAAACCUUGGUCGAGUUGCCGCGGUCGUCUUGUGUCCGUUGGUUCACGGUCGGUCCAGCGUAGGGGAGCGGUCGAUGUGACCGCCUAUGGACUGGACCCUCCGGGGUGCUCUGUAGUGGGGACUGCAAAAGAAAAGCUGAGGUUUAGCUGCGUUUUUGCAGGAGGUGAAGGAAAUUUUAAGGCUGAUGUUUCAGAACGAUGUACUACAUGAGCGAAAGGAUUGGAGGAUUCUGCAGGAGGGCUCGGGGGCAGGGGUAUUUGUCAAUGCUGGGAUCGUACUGACCUAGCUCUUGAAUUUGGCUGUUGUAGCUGGUGGCCAAUUUUGAGUACAGUCUAUUCGCUAAUCCUUUAACGUAAUUGAUCGACGGCAUUCCGGUCUGCUCGUGCAGUAUUCUAAUUGGAGUAACGCUUGGCAAUUUGGUUAUUAUUUUGAGGACUUUGUUCUGAAAUGUCUGAAGUUUUUUUAAAUGAGUGUUAGCAGCGUAGCCCUAGGCGGGGGAGGCAUACGUCAGUAUGGACCGGAGGAGUGAUUUAUAGAUCAUUAACGAUAAAUUUACAUCCAUUCUGGAGGAUUUAUUUAGUAAAGGAAAUAGUUGCCGUACGGAGAAUGGGUUAUACGUGGUCCUUGUACGUCAGUUUGGAAUCUAGAAUGACACCCAGAUAUUUGGUUUCGGAGGUAAAAGCUACGGUUUUAUUAAAAAAAUUUACGGUGGGAACAGAGCAGCGAUGGUCUCGUAAACGUUUUGAAAACACCGUCGUGGUGCAGUUGUCGAUGUUGAUCUUAAUUCUCCGUCUCCGAAACCAGGGUUCGAGAAGGCCUAUUGCUCUGUUUAAUUUUCGUGUCAUCUGCAUAGAUCGAGAUGGAUACGUUGGAGUCAUUUUCAGUGGACGGAAUGUCAUUUAUGUAGAUGUUAAAAAGUGUUGGCCCGAGUAGGCUACCCUGGGGAACGCCGGCCCUGAUGGGGCGGCAGCUUGAGUGAGAGCUCCCAUGUGAAACAGAAAAUGAUCGGUUCUGGAGGUAACUGUGAAUUACGUGGAUUAGGUGAGGCGGAAUUUUGACUUUAAUGAGUUUUGCUGUUAGCCCCGUGAUCCAAACUUUAUCAGAUGCUCUUUCUGUGUCCAGGAAAAAUGCCACUGUAGCUUUCUUAUUGUUAAAUCCGUGAGUGAUUCUCUCUAUAUUUCUUAAAAGUGUGUGCGUUGUGGAAUGUCCACGUUUAAAACCACUCAGGCUUUUCGAGAUGAUUUUCUCUAAAACUUUUGCCUAGGGAAUUUAAUAAACUUAUUGGCCUAUAAUUUAAUGGUCCUUUUUUGGUUUCGGGAGCAUGAUAACUUUAGCGUCUUUUCACUGGGUAGGAAAAUAAUUUAAAGCUAAUGACUUAUUAAAUAUUUUUGCGAUAAAUCUGAGAACUGGCCCUGGCUAUAUUGAAAUGUUUCCUGUUUGCGUCGUGUGCGCCGAACCUGAUGAAUAUAUCACCUGUGCGCUGAUUACACCAAUUGUAUCGUGUUAGGAAAUCUUAACACAGAAAUCUCGGGCGUUCGCCCCGCGAUCGUUAAUGCGACCUCCGCGACGUGACGUAAUUCGAGUCCCUGCGGCCAUAAACUGUUUGGUAACAUCGGUAUCUAAGUAAUGUUGAACAACGCGUACUUCCUCGUCAUUUUAUUCUCUUACAAUGCUAAUCAUCGCGGUUAUCACGUGUCUGCUGCGUUAGUGCAAGUUUUACGUGCCCAAUUCUCGUAUUGAUUGACUUUACGUAUUACGCAGUUUUUAUUUUCAUUCCUAUUUUUUGCAGUGGUCUUAAAACAUCGCGUACAUGCGGUGUCGAGUAUUUAUCUGAAAUAUAUAAGCAAAGUUGUUUAAGAAUUCUUCAGUCGGUUCUGGAAACCACCAGGACAGGAAGGUAUUAACCAGAUUAAUCCAAUAGAUCGUAUUCUCAUGUCCUCUAGAUAGGGGAUAAGCAUUCUGAAGAACCGAGUAAGUGUUUUUCAGAGUGUAAACACUUUUUUUGUAGAUUUCCUCUGACGCAUUUUUGCUUGGUUUAAAUUAUCCUCGUCUGUCAGCACGGCAGCUGAUUUCGUCCUCCACUUUGGUAGUGGAUCGAAGGUAAGUACUGGUGCAGUGUCUGAGGAAGAAUGCGUUCUGCGGUUUGGUGGCUGUCAUCAGGCGUUCCAGACAGAGACGCGUCGGAUAUCGAGAAAAGUUCUCCUCCGGUGUUUCUUCUGGAUUACGUGGAUUCAUGCCACAGGUUUCAAAUCCAGAGUGGGCAAAGGUGCAGACCCGGGUGAGAUUGCGCCCAAACGCGCGUUUCCCCGAAGAAAAUGUGCCUCAGGGGUUUGAAGAAACACCGAUCAAGGGGUUGAGCGGAAUGAGAUGGGAAACAAACCAUAAUUAUGCCGUUCUCUUGAGCCAGAUCCGACGUAUCCGGGUCAGUGCAGUGCGCAGUGUGGCCAUCUUGAAGUAUCACCACUUUUCCUGCUGUUUUCUUGGAAUAAAGUACUCUUUCAGCCACUGAAUGAAAAAUAUUAUCCUCCGAUUUAUCGAUCGAUGCCAAAAUCUUCUGCGUGAAGCUCACUCUACACUGGAGAACCUAAUAUCAUGUAAAGGCUUCCAUUCCAAGGCCCAGCAUGCGUUGGGGAGCGAAGGCCUUUCUCUCCCGGUCGACAUGUUCGGAUGUCGUAACCGGCAAAGUGAGGCGUAUGUCAGUGCUCUUGUACUUGUAGAUCUUACAAUUGUGACAGAAACGUUGUCCACUAAUUUUCAACCUCGUGUCACCGUACCUAACCUAACCUAACCCAACCCAACCUAACCUAACCUAACUUAACAUAACCCAACCUAACCUAACCUAACUUAACAUAACCCAACCCAACACCGCAUUCGGUAUCGACGAACUUGUCGCGAGAAUUGUCUCGGUCCAUGGAAUGUUCUAGCACCGAAUGAAUACAGUAGAUUCCGGUGUUAAUCGGGGCAGACGUUUAUUUAGGGACAAAUCUUAAAGAGCAAACAUUUUUUUACGUGUAACUUCGCAUAAUUGGGCCAAAGCGUUCUAGUCCCGAUGUGUCCCAAUUAACCAAAAAUCCACUGUAUUUGUACAACCUACAAAGAAGUGUAACUCGAGCUAAACGUAAUGAAUAUUUAUACUUCCGGUUGAGAAAUAUUGAUUGAUUAUAUCGAAUAAGUGGCUUCAUAACAUGUAAUAUAUAUUAUAAACGUCCAUUUCAUUAUACUUAUUCUGUAUGUCACACAUCUGUGCCCAAUUAUUUAUACGAUUAAAUAAAAAAACAUAUUCUUAUAUA